AUGAGUACUCCAUUUGGUUUAGAUUUGGGUAACCACAACAGUGUUUUGGCUGUUGCUAGAAACAGAGGUAUUGACAUUGUAGUUAACGAAGUCUCUAACCGUUCCACACCAUCAAUUGUCGGUUUUGGUCAAAGAAACAGAUUCUUAGGUGAAGCUGGUAAGAACAAGCAAACCUCUAAUGUUAAGAACACCGUUGAAAAUUUGAAGAGAAUCAUCGGUCUUGGAUACGACGACAAAGAAUUCCCAGAAGAAGCUAAAUACUUCUCAAACAAAUUGGUUAAAUUGGAAGAUGGUAAAGUUGGUGCUCAAGUGAAAUUCGUCAACAAGGACCACGUUUUCUCUGCCCCACAGUUGGCUGGUAUGUUCUUUGACAGAGUCAAGGACACCGUUCAAACUGAAACCAAGGCUAACAUUUCUGAUGUUUGUCUUGCUGUGCCAUCUUGGUACACUGAAGAACAACGUUAUGUUGUUGCCGAUGCCGCUAGAAUUGCAGGUUUGAACCCAGUUAGAGUUGUUAACGAUGUUACUGCUGCAGCUGUUUCUUACGGUGUUUUCAAGCCAGAUUUGCCAGACGUUGAUCAAAAGCCUCGUGUUGUUGCUCUAGUGGAUAUUGGUCACUCUUCUUACACUUGUUCCGUUAUUGGUUUCAAGAAGGGUGAAUUCAAAGUGUUAGGUACCGCUUGGGACAAACACUUUGGUGGUAGAAACUUCGACCGUGCCAUUACUGAACAUUUUGCUCAAGAAUUCAAGACCAAAUACAAGAUCGACAUUAAUGAAAACCCAAAGGCUUACAGCAGAGUGGUUGCUGCAGCUGAAAAAUUGAAGAAAGUUUUGUCUGCUAACUCCUCUGCCCCAUUCAACAUUGAAUCUGUUAUGAAUGACAUUGACGUCUCUUCUCAAUUUUCUCGUGUUGAAUUGGAAGAAUUAAUGAAGCCUUUGUUGGAACGUGUCCAUGAACCUAUCUACAAGGCUUUGGCUCAAGCCAAAUUGAGUGUUGAGGAUGUGGAUUUCGUCGAAUUAAUCGGUGGUACUUCUCGUAUCCCAGUUUUGAAGGAAACUAUUUCCAAGGCUUUCAACAAACAAUUGUCAACCACUUUGAACCAAGAUGAAGCUAUUGCCAAGGGUGCUGCUUUCAUCUGUGCUAUCCACUCUCCAACUCUAAGAGUUAAGCCUUUCAAAUUCGAAGACAUGCACGCAUACUCUGUGUCUUACUCUUGGGACAAACAAGUCGAAGACGAAGAUCAUUUGGAAGUUUUCCCAGCUGGUUCCACUUUCCCAUCCACUAAAAUGAUCACUUUGCACCGUACUGGUGACUUCGUUAUGGAAGCUUACUACACUCAUAAGGAAGAAUUGCCAGAAGAUGUCCCAACUCACAUUGCUAAAUGGGAAAUCACUGGUGUUCAAUUACCUGAAGGUGCUACUUCCGUUCCAGUUAAGUUGAAGUUGAGAUGUGACCCAUCUGGUCUUCACAUUAUCGAAGAAGCUUACACUUUGGAAGACAUUACAGUUAAGGAAGAAAUCCCAUUGCCUGAAGAUGCUCCAGAAGGUGCUGAACCUGAAUACAAGGAAGUCACCAAGACCGUUAAGAAGGAUACUUUGAACAUCGUCGAACACACUUUCGGUCUAAAACCUGAAGAAUUAAACUUACUUGUGGAGAAGGAAAACGAAAUGACUAGUCAAGACAAAUUGGUUGCUGAAACCGAAGACCGUAAGAAUGCUCUAGAAGAGUACAUCUACACCCUACGUGGUAAGCUAGACGAAGAAUAUGCACCAUUUGCUUCCGACCAGGAAAAGACCAAAUUGAGAGACCAAUUGGCAAAGGCUGAGGACUGGUUGUACGAAGAUGGUUACGACUCUACCAAGGCUAAGUACGUUGCCAAAUACGAAGAAUUGGCCUCCACUGGUAACAUCAUCAGAGGUAGAUACCUUUCCAAGCAAGAAGAACAAAAGCAAGCUUUGAGACAAAAGGAUGAAGCUAAGAAGAUGGCUGAACUAUCUGAAAAAUUAAGCGCUCAAAGAAAGAGUGAAGCUGAAAACAAAGAAUCUUCUAAGAAGGAUGCUGAAGGUGAUGUUAAUCUAGAUUGA